UACCUUUUCGCGCCGAACGAUCAUGUCGCAUAAGAUAGUCAUCAUCGGAGCUGGAUUCGCAGGCGUCUGGAGUGCUCUCUCAGCAAAACGACUCAUCAACAUCCAUGGUAAAGGCGAAGAUAUACAGGUCACUGUUAUCGCUCCCGAUCCAAAUCUAGUCGUACGCCCGCGACUAUAUGAAGCAGAUCCGUCAGCUAUGUGUGCUCCACUUGGACAGCUUUUCGAAUCGGCUGGCAUUGAAUUUAUCGCUGGUUACGUCGAUCAGAUUGACGCGGCAGCGCACAUGGUUCACUUUACUUCAACCUCAAGCGAGAAAUCAAGCGCCUCAUACGAUCGUUUGAUCCUUGCAGCCGGCAGCACAGUCGUCAAGCCAGCUUCUAUUCCAGGCCUUCAAGAGCAUGCUUUCGAUAUCGAUACACUAUCUGCUGCGGCCAAACUAGACGCUCACUUGCAGAAUCUAGUCUCAGGGUCUAAUAACAACCAUCAAGACACCAUCGUCGUUUGCGGCGCUGGUUUCACUGGAAUUGAAAUCGUUACUGAGCUACCUAAACGAUUCUCAGGAACGACCUACAAGCCCCAUUUAGUGUUAGUCGACAGCGCAGAUACUCUCGCCUCGACUCUCGGACCAGGACCCCGUCCAGUAAUCGCACAAGCCAUCAAAGAUCUCAACAUCGAAGUCAAAUUAGGGUCCAGAGUCUCUUCCGUCAACGCAAACGGCAUUACCCUCGCCUCCGGUGAAUCCAUCGAAUCGAAAACAGUAAUCUGGACAGCAGGAGUAAAAGCCACGCCCCUCACCACCCAAAUCUCCAACAAAACAGAUCAAUUGAACCGUCUCCACGUCGACAGAUACCUCCGCGUCUCCACUGAGCCACAUAUCCUCGCAACGGGCGAUGCCGCAGCAGCCGCAGCAGACGUCAACGGCCACAAUGCUAUGAUGUCCUGCCAACACGCUAUCCCGCUCGGUCGCUACUCGGGACACAACGCCGCCGCGGAUCUUCUGGGCCUGCCUUUGAUGGAGUACACACAGCCCGAUUACGGCACCUGUCUUGAUCUUGGGGCGUAUGGGACUGUGGUUACGCGUGGUUGGGAGAGGGAGGUCGAGCUCACGGGGCCCAAGGCAAAGAAGGUAAAGCAGUAUAUUAAUCAGAAGUUGAUAUAUCCUCCGCAGGAUAGUGGGGAGGCGCUUGCGCUUGCUGAUCCGCUUACGGAUGCGAGUUUUGAGGGGCUUUUGGAGAUGAUUCUUCGGAAUGCGGGAUGA